CAAUGUAUAAGCCAAUUCUUGUAAACGAUUUUCGUCAAAGUAGUUUGCAUGCUAUUCAACAUCUUCCAUAUAGCUUUCCAAUCUCCGACAGGCAUUUUUGUUGAUCGUUGUCGUUGAAAUGUAGUUGGUCGCAAUCACCCACUGGAAGAACUAACGGUCAACUCAAAUCACGCAGGUUUACGACGAAAGCAUUCAGUCUUGGCCCCUCACUUUCACCAGACUUCAACAACCACUCCGUCGUCAAAAUCAAUCAUCAAAACCUUGACAACUCGAGGCACAGAAAUCUUGUAUUCCAACAACUCAAUUCGGGACAAUGUCGCACCACUGCCACGAUGAGCACGACGACCACCACCACCAUCAUGAGGGCGGGGCAGAGCACGACCACUCUGACGACAUCACCCCCGCCGUGCAGUUCUCGCUGUACCAGCACAUCAACUUUGACGAGAUCACCACCCUGAACGAGCAGGUGCACGGCUCUGGCCAGGCCAUUAUCAAGAAGACGUGGGCCGAACGAUUGGCGACGGAGCCCGAGGUGGUGAGCGAUGCUGAUGAGCAGCUGAUUAUCAACGUUCCUUUCACAGCCCAAAUCAAACUGCACUCCGUCCUCCUGCGCACCUCGCCCUCCCCCUCGGCCCCGCGCACCCUCCGCCUCCUCGCCAACGCCGACAUCCACGAUUUCGGUCAAGCUGAGGACUCUACUCCGACACAAGAAUUCGAGCUCUCUCAAACUUCGGAAAUCCAGGAAUUGCCCGUCAAGCGAGCCAAGUUCAACGCCGUGCAAAGACUGUGCUUGUUUUUCCCGGAUAAUUUUUCGCAAGGAGAGGAGGAUGAAACGAGAAUCAGUUAUAUUGGUUUCAAGGGAGAGUGGAUGACGUUGGGACAGGCGCCGAAGAAUAUCGUCUACGAGGCGGCGGCUAGGCCGACGGAUCAUAAGGUGAAAGGGACGGCGGACGCAAGAGGUGUGGGAUAUAACCGUCAGGGGUAGAGAGGAACUUUUGCGGGGAGUGAGGAAUGAGUGACGGGUAGGAAGGGGUUUGAGAGUGGAUGAAGGAGCUACCUCUAGUGAUGGGUCAAACCUGGUUUAGUUCUUAGUCUGCUGCUUUAAAGGCAGCAGCAUACCAGAUAGGAAUCGAGGUUGGGAAGGUUCUGACAAUGGCUUUCGGGCAUCAAAGGAUUUUCAGGUCUUAUGUAGCAU